AUGUCGGCCUGGGUGGUAGCUGAGUCGGUCAGUCUGGGAUUUCCACCGGGACUGCCCUUCUCAGCGGCUAUAAAAAUAUUCUGUCUGCGUCUGAGAGACACAGAAGUAGACACCAAGGCCUCAGGGGAUGACUCCCAAGCCAGACUCCCUGAGGGGCCUACCGGCGAAGACCACACCUCUGAGGGGACAGCAGUGCCUCCAGACAGCUCCCAUAGCACCAAAAAGCGUGCCCACUGCUCUGUGCAGAGCCAUGAGACUGAUGCUGAGGAGGCCAUAAGGCUCCCUGCCAAAAGACCCACACUCCAGGAUGUCCGAGUGGCGGCCAGCCCCAGGCCUGGGGCAGAAGAGCAGAUAGAGGCCCAGGCCUUGGCUCUGCUUGCGCCUCCUGAGGACGCAGGUGCAGAGAUCCCCAGGCAGGAGAACCAAGAGAGUGUUGGUAGUUCCGGCCUGGAGCAGCUGGGCUGUGAGUUCCAGCUUCCAGAAGGCUCUGAAGACCCCCGAGGACUUACAGAGAGCAACAUGGCCCAAGCAGCAUGGGAGAGUGGCUGUGAAAGAGUGUGCUUCAUUGGCCGCCCCUGGCGUGGUGUGGACGGGCGCCUGAAUAUGCCCGUGUGCAAAGGGAUGAUGGAAGCCGUGCUGUACCACAUCAUGUCCAGGCCCGGGGUUCCUGAGAGCUGCCUGCUGCAGUACUACCAGGGGGUCCUGCAGCCCGUUGCCGUGCUUGAGCUGCUCCAGGGCCUGGAGUCUCUCGGCUGUAUCCAGAAGCGCCUGCUGAGGAAGCCAGCGGUCGUCUCACUCUUCUCCAAGCCUGUGGUGGAGGGCCUGGGCCAGGCCAGUGAGACUGAGGCACUCUCCUACCCCGAGAGCACCGUCACCUUUUAUGAGCCUACGCUGGACUGUACCAUCCACCUGGGCCGUGUCUUCCCCCACGAUGUCAACUGGAAUAAGUGGAUCCACUUAUAGAUGCUGCCCUGGGCCAGUGGAGGAGCCUCUGCCCAUGCUCUGUGGCUCGUCCUGGACUACCCCAGAGCCCUAUCCCUCACAAUGAUAAUCCUACAUCUCUGGUGGGCCUAGCCCGCUUGUAGCAGCUGCCAGGUGACUUCAGUCCCCUCCACUCUGUGGCUCUUGCUUCCAAGGUGCCCAGCCUUCCUGCAGGCCCAUGUCCUGCUCUGAACUCAGGCUCCAGCAUCAGCAGUAUCUGCGAGGGUGGACAUUGUUUGGGCAGCAGAGCUGAUGGCCAAGCCCUCAGUCACCUGGAACCCACGACACCAUUCAGACUCAGAGAGGAAGGGCUUUGUGGAGACACACCACAGGGAUACCUAGCAGAGUCUGCUCCUUUCUAGGUAGGACAUCCCAAUUGGGCUGAACCAAGCCUAGACCUCUGACUCUCAUGGGGACCCCUCCUGCCAGAAGCAAGGCCUAUAGGUUUUGCUUUUGUUUGUUUUGUUGUUUUAUUUUGCUCUUUUCUCAUUAGAUACAAGCCCCUGGCAUGUAUUUAUUUAUUUUUUAAUUAAAGUGAGAUCAAAUGC